CCCAACGUUUUUGGAUUAUUAUGAACUACAUAAGCGAAACGGAUAUGUUAUUGUGUUAAAAACUCGUAUUAGCACACAGCAUGAGAGACUGUCGUCGUACAAGCGGAAGAUGACGUAAACUCAGCCAGUAACAAGUCCUUGAAACAUGGUGUCAACUGAAGUAAACACUGAACAGAAUACUAUAAAUGUUGACUGGGAAAGAUUUGGUUUGGGUGAUAACACACAGAGAAAUAAUGCUACUGAAAGAAGCAGAGGUCAAGGGACUAGUCAAAGAACAUAUGAUACAGAAUAUCAGUUUGGUCCAGGAGGUCAUCAAGCAUCUAAUGCAAAUGAGCUGUUUGCUGAAGAACAAGGUGAUAAACCAUGGUGGAAAUCAAACUUUUUCAUAUCUGAGCCUGUGCUGUUUGGUCAGUGGGAUGGAGUUUUCACUUCGUGCCUAAUAAAUAUAUUUGGUGUCAUUGUAUUUUUACGAUCAGGAUGGAUUGUAGCACAAGCUGGCGUUCUGAAUGCAGUCCUUAUUGUCUUAGCUACUGUGGCUGUUGCACUUGUGUCAGUUCUCUCUGCUGUUGGAAUUUGUGAACGAUGUCGCAUGGAAAGUGGUGGAGUGUAUUUUCUGGUUGCACAUGUCCUUGGUUCACAGUAUGGAGGAGCUCUGGGGCUGCUGUAUGUCUUUGGCCAGGCAGUGGGAUGUGCCUUGAAUGUGUUGGGAUUUGGUGAAUCCAUAGCUGGCCUAUUUAGUCUGACAGAUACACCUUGGGCUACUCGAGGUUUUGCUAGUGCCGCUGUUCUUCUCUUAGGAAUCAUUAAUGUAGCAGGUGUCAAGUGGGUUGUGAAACUACAAUUCCUACUACUCAUUAUUCUUCUCCUCGCUGGUCUGGACUUCGCUGUGGGCAGCUUUGUGCAUACAGAUGCUGCAAGUGGUUUUACUGGUUGGAUGACAGGGCGACUGACAGAUAAUACGUUUCCUGAUUACCAUGAUGGCUACAGCUGGUUCACAGUGUUUGGCGUUUUCUUUCCCACUGUAACUGGGGUAAUGGCAGGCAUCAAUAUGAGUGGAGAUCUUCGUUACCCUUCACGGGAUAUCCCAAAUGGAACUCUUGCUGCAAUGGGUACUGGGACACUUCUCUAUCUGAUUUUUGUGUUGUUCCUGGGAUCAACAUGUCAACGCUAUGUUUUACUCACAGACUUCAUGAUUGCCUCUAAAGUUUCUAUUGUUAGUGUUUUAUUGCUAGCUGGUUUGUACGUGUCUUCAAUGUCCAGCUGCCUAGGGGCAAUGUACGGUACACCACGUGUCCUACAGUCAGUUGCCAAUGAGAAUGUUAUACCUAUCAUACAAAUAUUAGGACGAGGGCGGGGUCCCAAUAAAGUGCCACUGUAUUCAUUGGCAGUGGUUGCAGUCGUUACGCUGACUUUCAUCCUAGUUGGACAGAUAAAUACACUUGCACCUGUUGUCACCAUGCCUUUCCUGAUUACAUAUGCCUCUAUUGAUUACGCAUACUUUGCAUUGGCACAGACACAUGAUAUUCACCAGAGACGUGAAGACAGAUUUAGAGCACAAGAAUUUAUUACUGGUUCGUCUGAUGGUGUAAGACAUUAUGGAGGUACUAUAGAACGAUCCGAAGAUCAGUUUUCAUCUGGCGAUCUGGACACUUUGUUCCCUGAAAGGCUGCAACAUAGGAAGGAAAUGAUUUUACAACGUUCUUCAAGUCUGGUGUCAUCUCCAGAAGAACAGACUACAUCUCAAGCAGGAAAUCAUCAACCAGCUGUCCAGAAUGCACACAUUCAUUCAAAACUGAAAAACUGGUACUCACCAUUCUGCAACAGGUGGCUGUCACUUGGAGGUGUUGCUGUAAAAAUUUUGAUUAUGUUUCUUGUGCAUUGGGGAUAUGCCCUAGCAAAUAUCAUUGCUGUUUUCCUUGUGUGGUUCUAUAUUGGGCAUGCAAAUCCAGCUGUUAAACCUGGAAUAUCUUCAGAAUUUAAAUUCUUCCGUUGGCUGAAGAAUGUCCUCCUCAGAUGCAUGGGAAGAAGAGUGCAAGAAUAUGAGCAGAUUAUUGUUACACCUGUACACCCAGGAAUGGAGACACUCUCAUCACAAAUUAAUGAAGAUAAUGAAGAUUUUGCCAAUAGGAGAAGGUAUCAUCAGACAUCAACUGUGCAAGGGCGCUUUGUUGAGAUUGAUGAUGAUGAUUAAAAGCUUAAUAAAUAGAUCACUUGUAAAACAGAUUCAUAUUAGCAAGAACAUGACAAGCUUGUUGCUAGGUUGUGUGUGUUCUGAUAAUAACAGGCUUUAUUUAUUAUUAUUAUUAUUAUUAUUAUAUUUAAUCCAGUAAAAUCCAUGCUGUAAAGAUGGGAUAGGAAGACGCGCUCCUCAGAAAAUGUCGGACAUUAGGGGAAUUAGUGUUUCUAGGAAAGAUUAUGCUAAGAGAAGGCCAAAAUGUACAGGCGGCUGUAUGGCAACAAUCCCAGCAAAAUUAUCCUUAGUUUGGCUUCAUGUUUCUGGCAUGUAAAUAAUAAUCUUCAUUAACAGCAAGAGUUAAAGGUUCCCUUUUAAAUUAAUAACAGGAAGGCUGAUACACUUGUUUUAGGUUUGAAUUUACCUGGUUCUUUGAAUACUGUUUCUCAUAAUUGCAGAAUAAUCACCUGAAUACACAAAAAACAAAUAUCAGUUUUGUCACCUGCAAGUAGCGCUUCUAAACUCCGACUUAAAAUGCAUCACUUGGUUCGGGCUAAUAUUUUAAUGUUUACUUCACCCACUGUUAUUUGCCAGUGUGAAUGUUCACAAUGUUUUAUUGUAAAGCCUUUAUUCACAAAGUAGCAGAUUUUAUAAUAUACAUUUGUCACUUUCGGGUAUGAUAUUCUGAACAAAUUUGAGACAUACUUCUUAUAACAAUAAGAUUGGUUGUAAAUAUAACACACUAGACGUGUCCUAAAUAAUUGAUGAAAACUAACCACAACAAGUACAAUUUCUAUUACAACUAAGAUUGUAAUUCAAACAAAACAAGGGUUAGUAUCACUGUGAUUUUUUAAUGAGAAUUUUUAAUUACUGUGCCAUAAAACUAUAAACAGGUUGUACUGUUUUGUUUGAUAAUCUAAAUAUCUUAUGGCAUGUCGUGCAGGAAAACUUAUUUUUUUAGUAUACUAACACAUUUUAUGGGUGUUGGUUCAAGUAUGAUUUUUAAAAGUAUAUGCUCAUAGAGUGUAUGUCUAGCAUUUAUGCCAUAUGAUCACAC